AUGCAUUUUUAUACUUCUCUCAUCUUCUUGGUUCAUUUCUUUCUCUUCUUUAACUUCAAUUCCUCCUCAUUUUCCAUCCUUUUCGUGCCUGUAAACAAUGUCACUCUCUAUGGCGAUGCACACUUUAGAAACAACGCCAUUAGUCUCACUCAAGAACAUGGUUGCUUCCACCCACCUUCCUCCUCUGCUUCAUCUUCUUCUUCUUAUUCUGGGGUUGGCAGAGCUCUUUAUCUAUACCCAAUUCGGUUUUUUGAUCCCACAACCAAUACGACUGCAUCUUUCUUUUGCCGUUUCUCCUUCUCCAUAAUCCCAUCUCCACUGUGUCCAUUUGGUGAAGGUCUGGCGUUCCUGAUUACCUCUAAUGCCGAAUCUUUCAGUCUCUCUAAUGGCUACAUGGGUCUUCCAGGACCGGGAUUAGACCCUCAAGAUUCGUUCAUAGCAGUGGAAUUUGAUACAAGUUCUGAUCUUUCCCUUUCUGAUAUCAGCAGUAAUCACAUUGGAAUUGAUGUCAAUACGCCUGUAUCUUUAGCUUCAGUUGAUGCUGUUUCAGAAGGGAUUGAUAUGAAAAGUGGAAGGCAGAUAACUGCUUGGAUUGAAUACACAGAUGCCACUAAAUUGAUUCAGGUGUGGGUCAGUCACUCACAAAUUAGGCCUUCAAAUCCUGUUCUUGAAGCAGAGGUUGAUCUCUCCAUGUAUUUCAAAGAAUAUAUGCAUGUUGGUUUCACGGCUUCAAAUGGGCAAGGCUCAGCCAUGCACAUUGUUGAUCAUUGGCGAUUUAAAACUUAUGGGUCUCCGACGGAUGCAACUGGAGGAGGGGACUGUUUAAUGUGCUAUCCUGAGGAUACCGGCGUCAAUGGCAACAACUUCCCUAGUGAUCUUCACAAGAGGAGAACCAAGAUGCGAGAGAUUUCUUUGGGACUGGGUGGUUUAGCUGCUUUCAUCUUCUCCAUGGCCGCAAUAAUUUUCUUUGUUAUAAGGAAAAAGAGGGGUUUUGAUAGAAGAAGAAAAAAGUUCCAAAUCCUCAGAGGCCACAGAGGGCCAAUAAGAUUCUCAAUUUCAGAGAUAAAGUCAGCUACUUUGGGGUUUCAUCGAAGCAGAGUCGUCGGCGAAGGAGCUUCAGCUACAGUUUAUAAAGGGUUUCUUCCAUCCGUAGGAGUAGUGGCUGUUAAAAGAUUUAACAAAGGAGAGAUCGACUGUUGUCGCAAUCCAUUCAUCACUGAGUUUGCAACAAUGGUGGGUUUCUUGAGACACAGCAACUUGGUUCAACUUCAAGGAUGGUGCUGCGAGGGAGUAGAAUUAAUCCUAGUUUACGAGUACUUGCCCAAUGGAAGCCUAGACAAACUCCUUUACAACACUACUGGUUCUACACUUUGCCUUUCAUUGAAGCAAAGAUUAAACAUAGCUCUUGGAGUUGCUUCUGCUCUUUCAUAUCUUCACGAUGAAUGUGAACGACAGAUAAUUCACAGAGACGUAAAGUCCUGCAACAUAAUGCUUGAUGAAGAAUUCAACGCAAAACUUGGAGAUUUCGGCUUAGCAGAAGCAUACGAACACAGCACAAAGACAAGAGAAGCGACAAUACCAGCAGGGACAAUGGGGUAUCUUGCACCGGAGUACGUCUACUCCGGCGUUCCGUCAGUAAAGACCGACGUUUACAGCUUCGGCGUGGUGGUGCUAGAGUUGGCGACAGGAAGAAGGCCUGUAGAAGACGAUGGUACAGUGCUUGUUGAUUGGCUAUGGAGGUUUUGGGAGAAAGGGAAACUGAUUGAGGCUGCUGAUAGAAAAUUGAAAGGCAAGUUUAAUGAAGUGGAGAUGGAGAGGAUGAUGAUGAUGGGACUUCACUGUGUGCACCCGAGUCAUGAGUAUAGGCCGACAGUUAAGAGGGCGGCAAAGAUUCUGAUAGGAGAGGCACCGGCUCCUCUUCUGCCGGCGAGAAAACCAAAAAUGGAGUUUCGUUAUAUUUGGUCAGAGGAUUCUCAAGGAAGAGCUAUUCUUGCAGGAGAUUAUAGUCCUGGUACUGAUGAUAUGUCGUGGAUGACACCUAGGAGCCAUUUUGGCUGGGAUUAACAGAGAAAUGUAUUUGAUUAACUCUCAAUAAUUUUUUUUUUAAAACUAUGAUUACUAAAAAUAAAUUUCAAUGAGUUUUCUUCCAAUGAUAUUGAAAUUCUUU